UAUCUCCCGGCAGACAACAGCACCACCACCACCCUACCUUUCCCCUUCAAAAUCAAAACAGCUUUCCUCUGUCUUGUAGUUUCGUGUCGCCUGAUACUUCUCCAUUUUUACUCUCCUCCACACCUUCAAUUCAACAUCUGCUCUUCAAAAUUUUCAUACUUUCAUACAAAUCCACCACUUACCUUUUUCUUCUCCCUCUACAAUCCAAUCAUGGCUUCAAUUUCACCUCCAACUCCUCCUCACAAACUCUCCUUCAGAACCCACCGCAGGUUUCUUCCCAAAAGGCCAUCCUACCCUUCUCCUUCUCCUUCUCCAUUUCCUUCUCACUCCUUCUCUUGGGAUUCUUCGGAUUCUUCUUCUUCUGCUGCUGUUGGUGGUGGUACUUCUCGCUGUCGCUGCACUAAUUCGUCUUCUUCUGAUAGUUCUUCCAGUGAGUGGCGAUGGGAUGCUGCUCUUCAAGGUUUCAUCGGAAGUGCGAUGAAACGGAUUAAUUCGUUUAUCAGUCCCCGGAGGAAAGAGGAUAAGGAAUUGGGGAAUGUUAUGGAUGUGGAGAGGGAUGAUGGGAAGGGUGAAAAAGAGUGGGAUUGGAAUCGAUGGAGAAGGCAUUUCGAAGAAGUAGAUGAGCAGGAGCGUGUUGUCUCCGUUCUGAAGUCGCAGUUGGAUCACGCUGUAAAAAGAGAGGAUUAUGACGAUGCAGCUAGGCUAAAGGUGGCAAUUGCAGCUGCAGCAACAAAUGAUGCUGUUGGCAGAGUUAUGUCUCAGCUGAAUAGAGCAGUAGCAGAAGAGCGUUACCGAGAUGCAGCUUUGUUGCGAGAUUAUGCUGGGACUGGAUUGGUUGGAUGGUGGUCUGGCAUCUCAGAAGAUGUACAUGAUCCUUAUGGUCUAAUUAUACGAAUUACUGCAGAGCAUGGAAGAUACGUUGCAAGGAGUUAUAGUCCUCGACAGCUUGCUACAGCUGCAGUUGGUGUCCCAGUGUUUGAGAUCUUUCUUACAAAGAACAGGAAAGGUGAAUACAAGCAGCAGGCAGUGUACUUGAAAAGAAAAGGAUUUUCCCAAGACUCUUCAACAGUGUCCUCUAAAUCACCAGGUGCCACCAACCACUUAAAUCAGCCAGGGACAGUUGAAGAUAAAAGUGAUCUACUUGUUGUCAGCACUGAGGACGCUGAGGAUGGUGAUGAUAAUGAAGAUGGUUCUGACCUCAAUGAUGGAUUGCCUGGUUUUCAGAAUAUUUUGCGAGAUAUGAUUCCUGGGGUGAAGGUCAAGGUUUUGAAGGUGACGGCACCCGCAAAGGUAGAUAGGGAUUUCAUAUCUAAGGUGAUAGAACAGAUAAUGGAUGAAGAAGAUGAUGAGAAGGAUAUUGAGUUAGAAAGCAUAGACUCAGAAGAUGAAGUUAGAGGUGAAAGUGACCAAGAAAGAGAUGAGAUUGAAAUGGAUGCCACUCAUGGCAUCAUUGAUAACGAAGGGCCAAGUGAAAUUUCAGUUAAAGUUGUAGUUGGAGGUCUCACUCAGAAACUUUCAGGAAGCAUGCCUAUGAAACACUCACUCAGAGUGCCUGCUAAGCUAGAGAAAAAGGGACGGAGGUCAUUUUGCUUUUCUAUUGAGAAAGAUGUGAACCAACAAGAUUCUGGUGCCAAGGAAGCAGGGUCGUUGGACAAAAAAGCAAAGUUUCAAGGUCAACGCAGUGUGGACAGUAUUAUGUUGGAUCUCGCUAAAUUCAUUGGUAGGGAGAAGAUACCAUUAAAGGUACUGAAAGAUGUUGGGGACUUAAUAAAUUUUACCCUUAGUCAAGCUCAAAACCGUCAACCACUGUCCGGAUCAACAACUUUCCAUCGGAUUGAAAUAUCAACAUCUCCAGACCCUCUAAAUGGACUUUAUAUCGGGGCUCAUGGACUGUACACCUCAGAAGUCAUACACCUACAACGUAAAUUUGGUCAAUGGCAAGAUGAACGUGGGACCAAGGAACCUUCUAGUCUAGAGUUUUAUGAAUAUGUUGAAGCUGUAAAAUUAACUGGAGAUCCAUAUGUACCUGCUGGACAGGUGGCAUUUCGUGCUAAGGUUGGAAAAAGGUAUCAGCUUCCUCAUAAAGGCAUCAUUCCUGAAGAAUUUGGAGUGAUUGCUCGGUACAGAGGACAAGGGAGGCUUGCUGAGCCUGGUUUUCAGAAUCCUCGAUGGGUUGAUGGUGAACUUGUUAUUCUUGAUGGAAAGUACAUCAAAGGGGGCCCUGUUGUUGGGUUUGUAUAUUGGGCUCCUGAAUAUCACUUCUUGGUGUUUUUCAACCGUCUGAGGCUUCAAUGAUGCCCAUGUAUAUAAUGUUCAAGCUUGUCUGUUCUUUCUUUGUAUUUUACUAGUCUGCCAGUUUGUUCAUCAACUUGAGAGCAUCUUAGGUAUUGAGAUGGCCACAUGUCCAAUGCUCACUCAACUAAUUUUUGCAUAUGUAAACAUAGUGACCUACUGAAACUAACCCAGAAGGACGCAGUAGGUAUUCAGCUUUUCUAUGCAUGAAUUAUGAGCAGCCAUUUCCAGCUGCUUAUGCGGUUAAAUUUCUCAUUGGAUAAUCUAGUAGUAGUAUUUAUCAAUUUCUAACUGUAUUAGAACUUUCCAACUUAUCAUACAACGGGAGAGUAGGUUCUAGAAUUGUUUUUCAUACUUUCAUACUUGACGAUAGAUGUGGCUGGGCAUGUGCAAUCUUUAUGUACCGACUACUGCCAUCGAGACAAUGUGGAAAGGCUUAUUUCAGAGAAGCAUUAGUCGAAUGAGCUCAUUUACAAUUAAGUGCUUUGUAAUUUUCCACCAUUCGUUAUAAUACUUGAAUGAAAAAUGCAGGCCUAACCUAUUAUUUUGUAAAA